AUGCCAACCAUGUCAGACACACCGUCCAUCUUCACCAAAACCUCUGCUUUUUCGUUGGGAGGUGUCCUCGCUCUUGGAACAGUCGCCUACGUCAGCUCCAGGGUAUUCCUCCCGAAGAACGCGAAAUGGCAGGACCGCUUUACCUUCAUCUGGCUCGCUUUUGACGCCCUCAUCCACUUCAUAUUUGAGGGUUCCUUCCUUUGGUCGUCGACGUUCGGACGCCAGGUCAACACGGAGACUCAUAUGUUUGGGGCCAUGUGGAGAGAAUACGCUGCUGCCGACUUCAGAUGGGGUGUCUCCGACCCUACGAUCGUCUCGCUUGAAAUCCUGACGGUGUUCGGUGCUGGCUUCCUUUGCUGCUACAUCUUGAACCAGCUUGCCAACAACGACCCUGCCCGUCACUAUUGGUUAAUUGUGUUGAGCACAGCUGAGAUCUAUGGCGGCUGGAUGACAUUCUGCCCUGAAUGGCUCACUGGAAGCCCGAACUUGAACACGUCGAAUUUCUUGUACCUUUGGGUGUACCUAUUCCUGAUGAAUGUUAUUUGGGUUGUCAUUCCUCUCUGGCUGAUGUAUGAUUCAUAUACGCACAUUUCUGGAGCACUUCGUUCUACCGCCCCAAAAGUCAAGGCAGCUUGA